ACCUUGUAUGUAUGUACUUUACCUGAAUAAAUAAUUGUAUUUGUAUUUGUAAUAGGUAGAUGAUACAGAAAGCAGUACAAUGUCUGUCACAAAUCCUUUUACUGCGGCAGCAUUAAGACCACAAGUCAGUAGAAUAAAUAUGCCUGGAAGAUCGACCCCAGCCAGCAUACUAGCAGAAGGUCUCCAGACACUAGCAAUUUUAGCUAAAGAGAACCUUCAUCGUGAAUAUUUGAAAAUAAACUCAGCUCUCUAGAAAAAAUGUGAAUAUAUGAAGCGAUGUUUAAAUAUUGAGGACCUAAAUUAUCGGAAGCCUUCAAACAAGAAAGGAAAAGGAGAAAAUUACUGCAGGAUUAUUGAAAUCAAUCAAACACAACGUUCAAACUUAUCAGAAGAGCCUGUUGUACCAGCACAUCCACCUAAUUCCUGCCCGAACUGCAGUGAGAGCAAGUUCACAACUUUAAGCUCCAAUAAUUUGUGCAUCUUUGUAACUUUAAGUGGUGCAAGUGCGGAUAUGUAGAUGAAGAACUUGGGAAAGCCAUGCACCAGUCUGGUUUUUAUUCAACUGGAAGAAAUAGUAGCACUUUCUACAGCAUAAAUCUAUUGGAUUCCUGGCAUUUUCUCAAGAGAAGCAGCCCUGGAACUUCUCUUCAGGCAUUAGUUAGUGCACUGGAAUUAUUUGGUGCUUCUCGAGGGCGUCAUGGUCCCAUCAAUUUUGAGACAACAAAAAGAGUCUUCUUUGAAUGGCGUUUCCAUCAGUAUGAACUUGGGAGAAUAAAAGGAGAAUUUGAGAAGGGGUGCCCUGCAUGUGAUACAACACCUGUGGCUGUACAUAUUGAUGGCAACAAGAAACUGUAUCGUUACAACAAAGUUGGGAGAGGGAUCAGAAACUCAAAUUAUUCUGGUGGUAUCUUCGCUUGUGACAAAGAAGUUCAAGAUCACGUUUCCACUAUUCAGAACCUUAAAACUCAAGUUUUGUAUGGAGGGCGGUGGCAAGAAGGAAGUGGCCUGACAUCUGGGGAGGAGGCAGAGCAAGUAUUUUCCUACCUUUCAAGAUAUAACAACAACACUAAGAACAUGCUUAAAGCUGAGCGUACAGAAGAACUGACAGAGGGGGCACUCUUUUGGAAUCACAGAAAAAUUAAUGGAAUGCCUCGGGCAUUAGUUGCCAGAUUCAGAAAGGCCACAGAGACAGCUGCAGCAGUUUCAAAUGAGAUUCACAGGCUUAAUGUCCCAGAAUCUGUUAUUGAGAAAUGGAGAUCAGAAUUACUGAUCAUUGCAAGAUCCUUAAAUAACAGAUCCUCUGCCAAUAACAUUGAGCAUACUAUCGAGGCAUAUGGAGAGAAUAUAAGGCAUCGCAAAAAUCAGAUUACCACUUAUGCAGUGUCCCUGACUGAAAAAAGAAGUGCAGUGGAAAAGUUUGAGCUCCAGAAGAGAUGUAGAGAGGAGGAAUCACUAACCAUUCAAGAAAUGAUAACAUGGUUACAGUACUACAAAAAGAAAAGGGACAAACUAUCCGAGUAUAUUCAAGAAUUACAAUGUGAUUCUUUCCCUUCAUGUCUCUGCAAGGAUUCUAACACGUACACCAUUGAAAACCCAAUUCUGUCAGAAGAAGAGAAACGUGGAUUAUUGGCUCUUCUCAAUCAGGGUCAAAAGCAAUGUGCUGACAAGCUUACUGAAGCCAAACAUUUAUUUAGUUCCUACCAGCCAAAUGAGGUCUAUGAGCCUUUCUUGGAGCUCUUAGAAAGUGAUGAAGAUGAAGACAUGUAUUUACAAAAUGAAUAGAUACAAAUGAACAAAUCCACAAGGGAAAUGAUGAGGGUUCGAACCUAUGUCCGAGAGGAUCCCACACGAGCCUUAAUGGACUGUGUUACGACAUGGCAAAAGAAUUCCAACCGGGAGUUCAACUGACCUCAAUCAUAGAUUUAAGGCAUCACGCUAUUGUGAUUUCUGUGUUUAACAAAUAGAUACAAGAUAGGCUUUUAAAUGUUUAAAUUUUUACUUACUUACUUUUGUCCUGUUGCUUGGUUACAUGAAUUGACCACACAAAUUAUGUUGCUUAGUUACAGAGAUUCUUAUAACUACAUGAAUUUUGUUGUUCAUUUAUAAGCCCAUUAAGUGCCUCUAAAAAUUUCCACUGCCACUCACAGGAUGGGUAUGUUGUGCAUAAUAAAUAAACUAAACUAAUAUUUUAUAUGCAUAUACUUUUGUCUUUUAAUACAAUAAAACUGGAUUAUAUUAAAAUAUUUUCCU